CUUGUGGCUAUAUUUAUGGAGGUUCUGCCGUCCAACGUGGAACAGUUUCCACUUCGACAGCGACUGUGCUCCUUGGCGCUAGCGAUGCAGAGCAGAACUAGAAAUGAGAACCUGAACCCUGCUGGCAAAGUGGCUUUCCUUUCCAGGACAGAAACCUUUGCUGCUGCUCACAGGCUGAGCAGCAAAUCACUGAAUGACGCUGAAAACAAGGAACUCUUUGGGAAAUGCAACCACAGUCACGGACACAACUAUAAAGUGACGGUGACUGUGCGUGGAGAGAUAAACCCCAUCAGUGGCAUGUUUAUGAACAUUUUCACACUUCAGGAAUACAUGAAGGAGAGCAUCAUGGAACCACUUGACCACAAGAACCUGGAUGAGGACUUGGCCUAUUUUGCUGAUGUUGUGAGCACCACAGAGAAUCUAGCUGUAUAUAUCUGGGACAGUCUCCAGAAACGCCUUCCAGAAGGAUGUCUAUACAAAGUCAAAGUCUAUGAAUCGGACAAAAACUUUAUUGUCUAUAAGGGCGAAUAGAAGCAUCUGAAUAUAUGAAGCGGCAUCCUAAAGCUGAAACCUCCGGGGACAGCUAUUUCCUCAUAUGUUAUGUAAUCAGUAUGCAUGAAUUCGAUAUUGCAAACUUUCAGUCAAAAGAACAUAUAUUAACAAUUAACAGAAAUGAUUGUUGCAAAGUCCGUAACCUAAGUCAUAAAGCUGCAUUAAAGAGUUUUCCAUCAGAUUGGUUGCUUGUAAUUCAUAAACUUUAAUGGCUAUUGAAAUGUCCGAUCAUUUUGCUAAUGAAACAUUUGUUCCACAAAUCAUAACCACCACCCUGGUAUAAUUGGCUCCAAACUUAACUUUCCAGCUGAUAUUUCUUAAGCAACAUACAGGAGGUAAUGGAAGAGGGUUGUAAAAGUCACCUGGGAGAAAAAAAAACUUUUGCAAGGUAAAAGUUUGAAUCAAUCAGUGCCAAAGGCUACUUGCUUUAUUUCCCUUAUUAUUUAUGUGACUUGGACAUACCACUGCAGAAUUCAGAAGUAUCAUUUGCCCUAGAUCUGAUAGUUUUCCCUUUCCAAGAGCAAGAAUUACUCUGCCUUAUGACCACUGCAGUAGCCCUGCGUGAAUGUUAGUCUACCAGUCCAGAUCUACUUUGGCCAUUAAUGGAUAACUCAUCAGCUAGAAAAAUGUCAUUGCGACUAAUUUAAACACAUAGCUCAUAGUCAUCCCUACGGUAGAAGUAGAUGUUGAUAGCAAUGCAGUAUUUCUGCUUCAAUUACUGUUUAAAUGUCACGUGGCAGCCAAUCUGGAAAAAAAUUGUAAAAUCACAAACAUAAAGCGAAGAAAUGCAGUUUCACUUUUGAUCAAAAGUAGCAGAAAGCUUCUAAAUACAAUUGCUAAGGCAACUGUGUACUCAAAUAGAAUUGUUUGAGGAAGUUUCAGCCAUAUUUAGCCUCAGGUGAUACAUUUGUAUGCAUCUUUCUGUACUGUUCUCCUUUGAUUAAAGUCAAAAGUCUGUGA